AUGGCACAUUUCUUCCAUGGGCUGCGGAAGCCAAAGGCAGGCGCGGCUGACGAGGCUGGGAAUACGAAAAGCCGGGCGUGGAUCGAGCAGCGGGGCCGCGACUUUCACCCCGCCUUCGCCGUCGAGAGCAAAUAUGACGAGCUCCAGGAGAGAUACGUCCCCGCCGAGCUGGCCACUAUCAGAGAUCUGGAAAAUCUUCUAAAACAACAUGACACCACCGCGUCACCCGACGAGCCGAAAUUUUAUCAAUACUCAUGGCAGAUGGUUCUGAAAACACUAGAUGAAGCGAGGGAAGCAGGCUCAUCUCGCCACGGUUUUGCGUCCGCUACUAUCCAGGGUCUGGAGCUGUUGUCGCCGCUCAAGGAUGUCAUACCAGACGAAUACGGGCUGAAUGUUGUAAAAGGGGUGUUGGGCCUGACGACGAAGCGAGGAAUCGAAAAUAGAGGCAAAAUCUUGGAAGCCUUCGAGACCGUUCCCGAGACUAUUUUGACGAUCCAGACGGCCUACAACUACUUAGAUCCUACCGAAGAUGACGAGGCGCUCUGUAAGGAUUUUUGCAGGACCCUUGUCAGGACGUUGCCAGGGUUGCUUGAUGUCUUGCUAAAGAGGCAGCCAUGGUACCGAAAGGUCAAGGAAGUCCUAACUUUAAGAAUUCGGGAGACGCUUACGGUCGAUCAAGUUCUAUCCGACUGGAACCGUUACUUCGCGACCAUCAAGGAGCGAUUGGAGCGCAUGAAGCUAAAGAAUUCAGCGACCACGGCCUAUCACAGCACGGAGUCUCACCGAUUGGGUUUGGAAGCAAAUGAGAACAUAAAGGUCCUUCAUGAUGAGCUUCAUGGAGCACGCAGCGACAUAAAAGUCCUAGUCGCUGAGGUAAAGAAGCAACUUGGAGCUGAGUACAGGGAGAUUUUUGCCUUUCACAAGGAGCAAUCUGGCGCGCAAGCGAUGACCGGGCUCUUAUACGAGUUCAGGGCCCUGUGGAAGGAGUCUCGAGAAGAGUAUGAGACCCAACAAAGCCAGAUAUUUCGCUUGGAGCGUGCGUACUCAGAUCUGACUCAUGAGAACGAGGCUCUUCGCUCAUCCAUUUCACUCUACAGCACGAGUUCUCGGGAUACCGAAUCCACAGCAACGGUAACACCAAUUGAACUGCUUGGAAUACUUGGCAUCUCGCCGCACAUUGCGCCUCAAGACCUUGAUAUUGUCCUCCAAGAAGCCAGCAAAUAUAAAUCGCGGUCUCUCGGGCGAGUGGGAUGGCUUGCUAGGACUGAUGAAUUUGCUGAGUGGCUUCGUGCCCCACAGUCAUCCCUUCUAUUAGUGGAUGGUCGUCUGGACACCAGCCCAGCAACGAUGGUCAGCCCGAUGUCCGUAUUUGUCUCGACGUUCAUAUCCAGCCUGAUCAACAGCCCCGACUGCCUACCUCUAUUCUUCUUUGCAUCGCUACAUGAUGACAAGAAUGGAGACGAUGAACUCAGCGGUCCCACCGGACUGAUGCGAAGCCUCAUCACGCAGCUUCUUUUCAGUGACAAGCUUACCUCCCUAAACUUACAAUUUCUCAAUAAAGGUUUCCUCAACGCCUGCGAGGCUAACAAUAUAAAAGCACUUUGCGAUUUAUUCAGACGUCUGGCCUUGCAAGUGCCUCAUGAUGUGCAAAUACUGUGUAUCCUCGACGGAAUUGCGGUAUAUGAACUGGAGCCAACAUGGGGGGAACAGAUCGACUACGUAGCCGCCUUGUUUCAGCGACUCAUUCGGGAAUUGAACGAGGCCGAUUCACUGCGGAUGAAAGUCUUGUUUACUUUUGCGAAUCAGAGUCUGCAAAUCUCCGACAGGGUGGAAAUGUAUCCUGAUAUGUGGCAGUAUGUUUCACUGGCAGCUGGCCAUGUGGAUCACCUCGCCCGAAUGGAUUUUCUUUAA